AUGUCCAGCCCAGAUGAUUUCGAAACUGCACCAGCUGAGUUUGUUGAUGCUUUGGAUCCGAGCAUGGUCGCCGCUGAUAAUGAUCCUACCCCAAUCUCUGCGCCAUCGGAUUCUGCCGCUGAUGUGAAAACUAGUCAAGACGUAGAGAACACUGCGGCUAUCGAGGAUAAAGCUACCGAGACGGAGGGCCAGGUAGAGAGAGAGGAGAAGGUCGGUGAUACCACUGAAACUGUUUUGGCGACCGCCACAUCUGCUGUUGUUGAUGCCGCCGGUGCCGAUAUUCCAGAAACGACAACUUCGGCUGCUGCUGACGUUGAUGCUGACGUUGAUGCUGAAGCUGACGUUGAUGCUGAUGCUGCUGCUACAGACGAGAAGAAGGAACAAGAAAAUGCCCCUCCUCUGCUGCACAUGAAGUUCUACCUCAAUCGUGACGCGGAUGCGCAUGAUUCUUUAAAUGACGUAGAUCAAUUGGCGCGUCUGAUCAAGGCAAAUGGUGGUGAAGUAUUGGACACCAGGCCAAGAGAAUCAAAGGAGAACGUUUUCAUUGUAUCCCCUUACAAUCAUACCAACCUACCAACGGUGACCCCAACCUAUAUCAAGGCCUGUUGUCAAAGCAACUCGUUGCUAAACAUGGAAAAUUACUUGGUCCCUUACGAUAACUUUAGAGAAGUCGUCGAUAGCAGGUUACAGGACGAGCCCCAGUCUAGUGGCAGAACCGACAGUAACAGCAACGAUCCUACUGUGCCCAAAACUGAAAGAGUCUCUGAAAAUGCUGAAAAUUCCGCCGAAGAAUCAAGCAAGGGCAAGGUAAUGGUGGACGCGGAGCAACAGGCUAGGCUGCAAGAACAAGCACAAUUACUUCGCCAACACGUAAGUAGUAGCACAUCAAUGGGAGGCGACGGUAAUAGUGACUUGGUUCAAAUCGAACAGCCUCAGACAGACGCCUCGAAUAAUAAUAAUGUUGACGAUGGAGACAACGAUUUAGCGACACAAGAUAACAAUGUACAGGGAGAUGAUGAGGGCAGUGCAUCCUUCCAAGCACAAAGACCCAUGAUGUCAAGAGGCACUUUGCCCUCUCACAACAAAGCUUCUUUUACUGACGAAGAAGACGAGUUUAUUUUGGAUGUUGUGAGGAAAAAUCCAACCAGACGUACUACUCAUACCCUCUAUGAUGAGAUAUCUCAUUAUGUGCCCAAUCACACAGGAAAUUCCAUUAGACAUAGGUUUAGGGUCUAUCUUUCGAAAAGGUUGGAGUAUGUUUACGAGGUUGACAAAUUUGGUAAAUUGGUUAGAGAUGACGACGGCAAUCUAAUCAAGACUAAGGUUUUGCCACCAUCAAUCAAAAGGAAAUUCUCCGCAGAUGAAGAUUAUACUUUGGCAAUUGCAGUGAAAAAGCAGUUUUAUCGUGAUUUGUUUCAAAUAGACCCUGAUACAGGAAGAUCACUAAUCACAGAUGAAGACACGCCCACCGCUAUUGCAAGAAGGAAUAUGACAAUGGACCCAAAUCACGUUCCAGGAAAUGAACCCAAUUUUGCAGCUUACAGGACACAAAGCCGUAGAGGGCCCAUAGCACGAGAAUUUUUCAAGCAUUUUGCUGAAGAGCACGCGACUCACACUGAGAAUGCUUGGAGAGACAGAUUCAGAAAAUUUUUACUUGCUUAUGGUAUCGAUGAUUAUAUUAGCUAUUAUGAAGCUGAAAAGGCUCAAAAUAGAGAACCUGAGCCAAUGAAGAACUUAACCAAUAGACCCAAGAGGCCAGGCGUGCCCACCCCUGGCAACUAUAACUCUGCAGCCAAAAGAGCAAGGACUUAUGGCACUCAAAGAAAUGCUCAGCCUACAGCCAAUGCUGCUUCCGCCAAUGCUGCUGCCGCUGCCGCUGCCGCUGCUUCCAAUUCUUAUGCUAUACCAGAAAACGAACUACUAGAUGAAGAUACCAUGAAUUUCAUUUCUAGUCUGAAAAACGAUUUAUCUAACAUUUCAAACAGUCUGCCCUUUGAGUAUCCACAUGAAAUUGCAGAGGCAAUUAGAAGUGACUUUUCGAAUGAAGAUAUAUAUGAUAACAUCGAUCCCGAUACAAUAAGCUUCCCACCCAAAAUCGCAACUACCGACCUUUUCUUGCCGUUAUUUUUCCAUUUCGGUAAUACAAGACAGUUCAUGGACAAGCUUCACGAUGUUAUCUCAGGAGAUUAUGAACCUUCGCAGGCUGAAAAGUUAGUACAGGAUCUUUGCGAUGAAACCGGUAUACGUAAAAAUUUCAGCACAAGCAUAUUGACUUGUUUAUCCGGAGACUUGAUGGUCUUUCCCCGUUAUUUCUUAAACAUGUUCAAAGAUAACGUCAAUCCGCCGCCUCAUGUCCCGGGUAUUUGGACGCAUGAAGAUGAUGAAUCACUAAAAUCGAACGAUCAAGAACAAUUAAGAAAACUGGUUAAAAAACAUGGUACUGGCAGAAUGGAAAUGAGGAAAAGAUUUUUUGAGAAGGACCUCUUAUAA